ACGGAUAUGAAGAAUCAGCUGUUUUAUUUUGCUGAAUACUUGUAAGUUUGGAGGGUUUGGAGAAAGAGAAAGAGAAAAAGAGUAAGACAGGUGCGUGGUAAGAAGUGCCAGUGAACCUCCGCGAUCAUUCUAUAAAAAAUGGGACGCACGGUUUAUGCGGAAGAGCAUUUACUUGAUUAUUUAAAAUCUUUAACUCAAACGGACGGAUACACGGUUGGACUUGUAUUAGGACAGAGUACAGAACAAAAGGAUUAUGUCGUACAUUUAGCGAGAACUCCACCCCCUGCAACAAAAGAUGUCAUUGAGGAAUCACUGGUAACAAAAACGGAUGUGCCUCACACGAAAACUGAUAGAAAAUAUAUAAAAAGCCUUGAAGACAUUCCCAACAACUGGGUAGCUGAUCAUGCCAAACACGUGACAAAAAUGCUACCAGGCGGUAUGCAAGUAUUGGGAAUAUUUGUCGCGGGGCCAGGCGACAGUUUGAACGAUCAUAAUUCUGUACAUUUGGUCAAAUCGGUUAUUGCCGACAUACAUAGGAAUCUUGGAUCUAACGAUUAUUUGCACGGAAACAACAAAUACGACAAUCUCGUGCUGAGUUUUAAUAUCCUUUCUCAAAAAUGGGCGUGUAAAAGCUUUGACAUGAAAAAAGGGGGAUCGGCAAAGCCUGCGGAAUGGAAAUUUCAAUCCAAAGUCACCAAAUGGCAUCGUUUGGAUACCCAAAUGGAUCUUGACAAGACAUUCCCAAUAUCAAACGAAGACAAUGCUAAGACAUUGAAAAAACAAUUGCAGGACAUACUGAAAAAUACAGCAGCCUCAAUAAAUUCUGCACAAGCUGUAAUAGAAGGUGAAGUUAGAUCAUUGGACGACUUGGUUGAAAUCGUAGGCAAGAAGAAAAAAGAUCAAAAAGAAUCAGUAAAAGGGAGAGAAAUUAAUCCUGAUGAAAAAUCCCUCAGAGUCGAACUUUACAUUCCCUAUCCAGAAAAAUCUUGCACGAGUAUGGAUAUAGUCAGCUGCUGUGGUUCCAUAAGAUUAAUCGGGCAAUUGGUCAGUCGAACUUUUGUUCACGAGAAGGCGAGCAUAGCCGAAGCAACGGAUGCUGUGAAAGAAGAUAUCAUGAGAUCAUUGGCUACACGAUUGGAAAUGCAUUGGGACAGUUUGAUCGAAGAAGAGGAUGGAUCACCCGAAGAAAAUAUAACGUUACAUGAGCCCCCUCGAAGAGUGCUCGUUGAAUUACCUCAAAGCAAAAUAACAUUGUCGGACUAUUUAUUUCCUGGUGAGGGACCUCAAGAAGCUCUUAUAUCGCUACAAGAACUUUUGGAUCUUCAAGUCCAAGAAAGUAGCGUGCAGAAAGAGAUUGAACGUCAAGUUGACCCUGCAGAAUUUUAUUGCCAAAAUGAGAAAAAAGUGGAGCCCAAGGAUAAAGGAAGAUUGAGCAAUGUGCAAACCAUGCUGUACGUCGUCGGUUUGGUCCUCGGAUUUCUCAUGAUCCUCAUUUCCAUAAUACUAGAGUCCAAGUCAUGAUCUUUGUAACGAAUAUAAAAAUAUUAAUUUUGUACUGCAAAACGGUUUGUUAAAAUUGAGCAAAAGCGAGCGCAAAGAAAAACUCUAUUGAUAAUAUUAUCCGUUGUAUUCGUUCAACAGCGCAUUAUUCCAAUGUACACAUAUUAUGAAUAAAUACGACGAGCGGGAAAGGAUUUUAUAAGUA